GAUUUCUCCAGAAUCGGCGAAGGAAGUCUGAUCAAAUCAUGACGCCGCGUGAUUCCGCCGGGAUUCGGUUCUCGUAUUCCAUCCCAACCCGUCCUCCUCCUCUUUGGCCAUUUGCUGUUUUUUCGAGUCCGUUGAAGUGGGCGAUACGUAAAUUAGCAGGAAGAGGUUGCAGCCUGAAACAGGAACCAGAAUCGCUGCAGAACCAUUCUCUGGACCGUUUGCGCAACAGAUGUUUUCCUUUUUUAGGCAUUAUCAUGGGAAACCCAAUAGAUUUCGUUCCAGUAGUCGUUAGAUUCUGCUAUCUAACAGUUACAAAUAUUAUCCUUCUGUAUAAACAAUUCUUGCAGAUCCUUCGAGAGCUCCCUUCCACGCUUCCGACAGGUAUCAAUCCGCUCUUUCUAUCUUGUCCUAACUCGUUUCUGGGUCGCUGAAGCCGUCAAUGGAGGCUGAGAACGAGAGGAUCCUUUACCUGAGAGACACAUGGACAGAACAGAACAUGAUAUGUGGUGUUAUUCCGAUCAACCCUAGCUCCGGGGGGUUAUGGCCGUCGCCGAAGCUGAAAGAUUCUGAAGCUAACAUCGAAUUCUGGGAUUACACGUUCCCACACUUGGCGAUUAUAUUCCUCGCUGUCUCCAUCGUCUGGCAGUUCUUCCAUUUCUUCCUCAGGCGUCUUGGCAUGACGAGAUUCACUUCCCAUAUGCUUGCUGGGAUUCUCCUGAGUAAGACAUUCGUGAAGGAAAAUACGGCGAUUAGGGUUUUCUUCUCGAGCAAGGACUACAAGGAGACGGCUGUCGGUUUAAUGGCCGCGGUUUCGUACAUCAUGUUCUGGUUCUUGAUGGGCGUAAAAAUGGACAUCGGCCUGAUUCACAGCCGGGGAAAGAGGGCCAUAACGAUCGGGGUUUCAUCCGUGUUACUCUCGGUAUUGGUCUGCUCGAUGGUAUAUUUCGGAAACCUGUGGGAAUUCGGAUCUAAAGAAGGGAAACCCGACACAAAUACUCUUGAAGCCGUCGUGAUCUACUCUAUCCAAUGCCUUUCGUCUUUCCCAGUGGCUGGAAACCUCCUUUUCGAGCUCAGGCUCCAGAAUUCCGAGCUUGGUCGCCUCGCCAUGUCUUCUGCCGUGAUCUGCGAUUUCAUCAGCGGGAUUCUUGCCGCAAGUCUGAUUUUCUUGAAGGAACUCAAUGACGACAAAGUUCGGAUCGGAAGCACGUUCAUUGGAGACGUUUUCUAUAUUGCUCGUCCUGUGAACCGUGCGAUCACGCUGGGCGCUUUCCUCUUUUUCGUGAUCUAUAUCUUCCGACCCUUGAUGUUCUCCAUCAUCAGGAAGACGCCUUCAGGACGCCGGGUAAAGACAUUGUACAUUAGUUUCAUCAUCGUUAUCGUGUUUGGAUCGGCCAUUGUUGCGAAUUGGGCGAAACAGUUUGUCGCCAUUGGACCCUUCAUCUUAGGGUUAGCUGUUCCGCACGGCCCUCCUUUAGGCUCUGCGCUCAUCGAGAAGUUCGAGCCCGCUUUUUUCGGCACUCUUCUCCCGUUCUUCGUGGCUACUUCUGCAACAGAGAUUAAUAUCGGGGCGAUACAGAGUUGGAAUGAUUUCACCAACAUAAUUUCCAUCGUUUUUCUGGCUCUCGUCGUCAAAUUCGUGCUCACUGCUCUUCCUGCCCUGUUUUUCCGCAUUCCACCUGCCGACUGUUUCGCUCUAUCGCUUAUCAUGUCGUUCAAGGGCAUUUUCGAGCUCGGGGCCUACGCCUUGGCGUUCAACAAAGGGUCUAUCCGACCCGAAGUUUUCACCGUCGUGAGCCUUUACAUCAUGUUGAACUCUGCAAUCAUACCUCCAAUCUUGAGACGGAUAUACGAUCCAUCGAGAGUGUAUGCAGGGUACGAGAAGAGGAAUAUGCUGCAUUUGAAGCCGAGUUCCGAGCUCAAGAUUCUGACGUGCAUCUACAGAACUGACGAUAUCCGUCCAAUGAUCAACCUCCUCGAAGCUUCGUGCCCGUCUCGGGAAAGCCCUAUCUCGGCUUACGCUCUUCACUUGAUGGAACUGGUCGGACAAGCGAAUCCGGUAUUCAUAUCUCACCAGAUGCAGUCAGGAAAAGCCGAGGACAUUUCUUAUUCAGACAACGUCGUCGUCUCCUUCGAACAGUUCCGGAACGAUCACUACGGAUUCGUCUCGGUAAAUAUUUACACGGCAUUAUCCGUUGCCGGGACGAUGCACGACGAUAUCUGCUUGCUGGCGCUUAACAACCGCACGUCGUUGAUCGUCCUUCCGUUCCACCAGACGUGGUCGGUCGAUGGCUCGACGAUUAUUUCGGACAGUAGUAUGAUUCGGGAGCUGAACAAGAGCGUUCUCGAGCUCGCUCCCUGCUCUGUCGGGGUAUUCGUCUACCGAAGCAGCUAUGGUCGAAAAACGAUCCGAGACACUGUCUCGACCCACUCCUCCUCCUACCAAGUCUGUAUGGUUUUUCUUGGCGGAAAAGACGAUAGAGAAGCCCUGAUCUUAGCGAGACGGAUGGCCCGAGACUCGAGGAUUAACCUCUCCAUUGUCCGACUGAUCUCUCCAGAGCAAAAGAUCAGAGAACAGAUGGAUUGGGAGAGCAUGAUCGAUUCCGAGCUACUCAAAGAGGUGAAGAAGAACACGAAAACGAACUCCGAGAUUCUGUAUACAGAAGAAGUCGUCCGAGAUGCGACAGAGACGUCGGAAUUGCUGAAAUCGAUGGCGAAUGAUUACGAUUUGUUCAUCGUCGGGAGAGGGAAGGAAAGAGAGAUGAGCAUGACGGAUGGGUUAGAGCAGUGGAGCGAGUUCAGCGAGCUUGGAGUGAUCGGAGAUUUGCUGACAUUAAGAGAUUUCGAAUGCCAAGCUUCUGUGUUAGUGAUACAGCAGCAACAACAGAUGAUUUAGGGUUUAAAAACUCGUUUACGGACAUAACCGCAGGCCAGGACACGGAAACCCAACACAGAGGGGUUGUUCCCAGCUUGUGGGUAACAAGAUUGAUCUGUAAUAAUGGAAGAUUUGAGUUAGUUUUUGUUACGAAUUUUUAGAUAAGAUCCCACAUGUUAGGAUCGUGUAUACAAUUAGAAAUGCAAAAUCCGAUAAAUUUGUAUCCUGGUGGAGGAAUACACAGUUCGGUGCAUAUAAGAAUAUGAGAGCAGGUGACCGAUU